AUGGAAGAUGUACUAGUGAUUAAGGAGUUUGUGGAUAUUUUUCCUAAAGAUUUACCUAAAUUACAGGAGUUGAAGAUACAACUACAAGAACUAUUGAAUAAGGGUUUCAUUCAACUUAUUGUAUCUUCAUGGGGGGGGGCACUAGUAUUGUUUGUUAAUAAGAAAGACAGGUGUUCCAAAAAAUUAGAUUUGAGAUUAGGUUAUCACAAACUCAAGAUAAAGGAUUGUGAUAUCCCUAAAAUGGCCGUUAGAGCGCGGUAUAGGCACUAUAAGUUCAUGGUGAUGCCAUUUGGGUUAACUAAUGCACCACCUGUGCUUAUGGAUUUAAUAAAUCAAGAGAAGUUGUACUCAAUGAAAAUUUUUGCUAGAUCGCAUUGGCUUCUCGGUCAUGUGGUUACUACACAAAGAAUUGAAGUAGACCUAGCUAAAGUUGAAACUAUCGAGGAAGGAGAUCAGAGUCCCGAUCAUUACACAACAGACGGUUCUCUUGAAUCCACUGGAGAUAAACAAAAUCAAGAGCCAGCAAUUGGUGUAGCACGCAAUCCAGGAGGGCUAGGUGCCUGGAGUUGGUGCAAGAUCAUGCAUUCCAAGAAGGCCUUGAGGAAACUAUGUUUAGAAUGUCAGAAAAACCAGUGUAGGUUGAGUUUGUUUGAUUCUAUUGAAGAAAACAAAGAUCUGAAUACAAUUAAGAUAGAAGAACUUGUAGGAUCCUUUCAAACCUAUGAACUCACCAUUUCACAACUGAGGAAAAACAAGUCCAUAGCCCUGAACACUGUUAGGGAAGGGGACUCAGAGUCAUCUGACAUGAAAACUCUUAGAGAUGAGGAGAUUGCCUACUUUGUGAAAAAAUUUCAAAAAGUCUUAAAGGGCAAAAAAUGGCCUCAAGAGAAAAGGAGAGGAGCCCCUAGUAAAUUGCAAAGAGAGAAGGAUGAUAAAUCAACUGCUGGGAACCCUGGUAAGAAAUCUCAAGGGGUUAGGUGCCAUGAGUGUCAGGGAUUUGUGCACUAUAGAAAUGAAUGUCUUAGCUUUAAGAAAAAUCUAAAGAAGGGGAGUAGGAAGGCAUUAACUGUGUCCUUGACUGGUGAUGAUUAUAAUUUAAGUGAACAAAGUGAUUCCUCAAGCAGUGAGGAGGAAAAGGGCUAUAUGGCUUUUGUAUCUACUUUCAAGAGCGAGUCAGACAAGGAGAGUGAGAAGGUUGAGGAGGAAGUAGAGAGUAACAAGUCCGGUGAUGAUUUGGAGGUUGAGGCAGAUAUACAUGAGGCUUAUCAACUUCUGUUUAAGGAAAGUCUCAAGAUUAAAAAGGUAAAUAAAGCCCUAUUUAAGAAGGUAGACAAGCUUGAGAGAGAGAAGGAGAAAAUCACCUAUGAUCUUCAAGUCUCAUCUAAGAAUCUCAGUGAGUUGAAGUGUGUCAAUGAGAAAUUAGAGGACAUGGUCAAGAUAUUAACCUGUGAAUUAGAGAAAUCCAACACUCAACUACAAUCAUUUGUGAGUGGAACUAAGAAACUAGACGAUCUGUUAGGAAUGAACAAACCAGCUGGAAAUAGGCAAGGUCUAGGAUUUGUGAAGAGUGAUAGCAAUGUGUCUAGUUUAUCAAAGACCACAUUUGUCCCCGCUUCCAACAGAUCUAAUGUUUCAACAAAUCCAGAAUCCAAAGACAAAAAUUUUAAUGGAUUGAAGGCCGCUAGAGCUCAUAAGAUUUCUACACCUAAUUUUCAUAAUCAACACUCACAUACAUUUGAACCUAGAGUCAUACCCACUUGUCAUAACUAUGGUGCCUUAGGCCACACGAGACCUAGGUGUCGAAAGUUAGCAAAUAGAAAUCAAAGUCAGGAUAUCCCUAGUCAAGUGAACUUCCUUUCAAAUCAGAUUAGUCACUUAACUGAGAUUGUAACAAGGUUGACUAGGAUCACCUCGGCCUCGAGAAAAGUUUGGGUAAAGAAAUCUGAUGUGGUUACCUUUGGGGACGGAGCUAUAGCACCCAUCCGAGGUAAAGGCUCCAUCACCAUUGUUGGACUUCCUACAAUAUCCAAUGUACUUUAUGUAGACGGCCUUAAGUCCGACUUAUUGAGCAUUAGUCAAAUCUGUGAUGCUGACUAUGAAGUGUUAGAACAUCUGAUAAUUAUUAUGGAGUUCUUCCAAACUCAAACUAUGUAUGCAGUAGUGCUAAUGUCUGAACUUUGGCAUCAAAGGCUCGGUCAUGUUAACUACAGAAGUCUGUCUAAAUUGGUUAAAAAGAAGAUUGUCGAUGGUUUACCUAAGAUUGAUCAAAGUGAGAAUGUUGUGUGCAAGCCGCGUCAACAAGGAAAGCAACUCAAGAUAAACCAUAAGCGAACCUCGAAAAUCUUGAUGAAUAGACCCCUAGAGCUUCUCCAUAUGGAUUUAAUGGGACCAUCUAGGGUAGAGAGCCUAGGAGGUAAACGGUAUAUCCUGGUUGUGGUAGAUGAUUUUUUUGGAUACACCUGGAUUGAUCUGUUAAGAGAAAAAUCUGAGACAGGCGAUCUGCAAAAUGGAGUUGUUGAGAGGAAGAAUAGAGUGCUUCAAGAAAUGGCUAGGGCCAUGCUUCACGACAAGACUCCCUAUGAGAUCUGGAAAGGCAAGAAGCCUACUGUUAAAUACUUUCGAGAGUUUGGCAGCAAGUGUUACAUUCUGAGGGAUAGAGAAAAUCUAGACAAGUUUGAUUCCAAAAGUGAUGAUGGGAUUUUUCUAGGAUAUUCUAAGAAUAGUAGAGCAUACCGAGUUCACAACUUGUGUACUCAGAGUGUCUUGGAAUCUAUAAAUGUUGUUAUUGAUGAUGCCUUUAUUGAGGGGGAGAGUGCUGAAAAUGGCGUUGACAUAGAAGAUCUAAGUGAAGAUCAAGGAGACAUUGCUGAAAAUAAAGAGCAAUCAAUCCCAAAAUCUCCACGCUCCUCAAAAAACAUAUCUGAGCAGGGUCUACCAAAUUGGGAUUAG